GAACUGGAGAAUUUGCAACAGCGUGAAGAUGAGUUGCAGGAGAAGAUUAAGAAAGCUAACAAAAUGAACCUCAGCUAUGAGAAGAUUCUCAGGGACCAGGCUACUGAAUGUUCAGAGGGAGCAGAGAGGGAGAGGAAAGAGGUUUUUCAUCUGGAUGCAGAGCAUUAGAGGCUGGUGGUGGAGUUAGCUGAAGAGCUGCAGAGCAAACAGGAGCGAGAGCGCCAGCUAGUGAAACUCAGACCGUACGCUGUGAGCUUCGAGCGGGCGGCCAAGUUGACCAAGUUUAAGGACGCAAAGAGCCUCGCAGAUCACAUGGAGAACCUUCUCCGAAUUCGAGAGAGUCUCCUUCAGCAGGACCUGAAGAAGCGUGAGAAGUAUGACGAGCUGAGGAGAACCCUGCAGUCAAAUCAAGAACAGCAUCGCCUCAUGCGUCUGCAGAAGAACUACGAGCUGUCCCAGAUGGAGGUGGAGCAUGAGAAAGCGCGCUCUGAAGUUCUGGAAUGGGAGAGGAAGUGGAACCAGAUUCAGGAAACCGCAUCAAAGAAAACACUUCUCCUGGGACAAAUCAAGAUGGCGACACUCAACCUCUACGAAAUGACGUGUCAAGACGAAAAAGCAGAUGAAGCGGCUGAUAUAAACGACACAGAGAAACAGCUGGACCAGGUUAAGACGUUCAUUCAAGACAGCGACGACAUGGUCAAACAAUAUCAGACUUCUUCACAGAGACAAGAUGGAAAGAAAAGAGACAAAAAGAGCUUUCCAAGUCACCGUAAAAAAAAAGGCUUCAAUGUAACCUUUUACUAUGAGUCUCCUUUGCUGAGAUGGAACUAAAUAAUUAAAGUGUGUUUAUCUAAUGUUAAACUCUGUGAGUUUCAUUAACUGUGAACUUGUAGACACUGAACUUCAAUAAACCUGAACACUGAGUGCAAUCAA